CAGCGGUGGUGACGUCAGGCAGGCCUGCGCGCUCUCGACGCGUACAAGCACAAGUUGAGGCUUCCUCCUCCACAUCCAGAGCAAGAACCAGGAAGUGAAAGUAUACACAUGGAGGGUGUGUCAUUCCCUGCCAGUGUAUGUUUUUAUUUUUAAAAACAUAGUCCUCCUCGGAUAGAAUAAAUGGGGGACUCGGCGAGGACCAAGCGGCGGGAGCAGCUGAAGCGCUGGGCCGGCUCCUGCACCGACAAAGCGCCGGCCGUACCUCGGCGGAGAUGGCGGGGCGACGCCGAGAACGGAGCAGCGGAGCCGGAGGCCGAGCUCUGCGAACCGCCGAGGGACCAGCCAGUGUUGGGGAGAGAUGGAGUUAGCCCCCUGCUGAAGAGACGCAAAAGGGUGAGGUUUGACAGGGCUGCAGAGUUCCUGGCGGCUUGUGCCUGCGGGGACACAGAGGAGGCCCAGAUGAUGCUAGUGGAGGCCAGAGAGACCAAAAAGAACAAUGAGGAGGACGUACCAGAAAUUAUCAACUGUUCUAAUGCUGAUGGAAUCACUGCUCUCCACCAGGCCUGCAUAGAUGGCAGCAUGGAGAUGGUGUCCUUUCUUUUGGAGCAUGGUGCCAGUGUGAACCAGGUUGACAGUGAGGGAUGGACACCCCUGCAUGUUGCUGCCUCCUGCGGCUACCCUGAAAUUGUGAGUUUCCUUUUGCAGGAUGGUGCAUCUCUCUCUGCUGUGAACUGUGAUGGUGAUGUUCCUCUGGACAUUGCUCUGGAUGAGGCCACUGAGUCUCUUCUCCAGGAGUACACUGUGAGACAGGGUGUGGAUUUGGAGGCAGCUAAGCGGCUGGAGGAAGAACAGAUCAUGACAGACGCCCGGACCUGGCUGACUGAGGGCCCACCUGCCGAUGUACGGCACCCCAGGACCGGAGCCACCCCACUGCAUGUGGCUGCAGCCAAAGGCUACCUGGAGGCUCUCAAGAUACUGUGUCAGUGUGGGCUGGAUGUCUCGGCUACAGAUUUUGAUGGCUGGACGCCUCUUCAUGCUGCAGCACACUGGGGUCAGGGGGAGGCCUGUCAUAUUCUGGCUGAACAGCUUUGCAACAUGGAGGCCCGCAGCAAUGCGGGUCAGACCCCCUUUGAUGUAGCUGAUGAAAGCGUUGAGGAACUCCUGGAGGAGUUAUCACAGAAACAAGCCAAUUGGCGUAAUGAACAGUCUAUACUGGACAGGCAAAACCAACAGGGCUCCACCGCUGCAAACGCGCAAAACAAACGGCGGAGGAGCUCCGUGUGCAGGAUGAGCAGUAAAGACAAGAUGAAUGUGCAGGAUCAGUCUAAAGAGAGGGGCAUUUCAGGAGGCCUGGAGCUGAGCGAGGAGAAAGAGAGCAGCCCAGAAAGCUCCACUGUGUCCAGUCCAGACACUGAGAGUGUGACCACAUCCACCAUCAGCCCUGCUGACAAGACGCCAGAGGAGAAAGAUGAGGAGGAGAAGGAGCAGGACAAGGCGAACCGCACUGCCAGAGUCCAACCCACUCCUCAGACGAGGGAUGCCACAGCUGAGAGUCCCAACACCCCCAGCGCUGACCGCCGCAAGUUUCAAGCUCCAGUCAGAGACGAGGAGUCGGAGUCUCAGAGGAAAGCUCGCUCUCGACUGUUGCGUCAGUCUCGCCGCUCCACACAGGGUGUGACUUUAACAGACUUGAAGGAAGCAGAGAAGAGUGUGCCUAAAGCUGCUGAUCCCCCGCCUCGCAACAUCCAGCCCGUCAGCCCCAUCGUCACUCUCACGCCUGCUGAAAGGGAUACAGACCCGGUGAAGCAGGUGGAGCCGGAGGGAGAGAAGCGUCUGGGAGUGAAGGACAGGAGGAGAGGGAGGAGGGAGAGACGCUCCACUGGCAUCGUUCAGCUGGGUGGAGAGAAUGAAGAUGAGGAUGCUCAUUCAGACGAUACAAACAGUAACAGCAUUUCCAAUGAAAGUCAACUGGGAGACUCGUCAGCUGACUACAGAACGCUGUACUUUAAGGUACUGCAGGAUAACCUGGCUAUGAAGGACAAGCUGCAGGAGAUGGAGCUGCUGCUCUGCCAAAACAAAGUGGAGCUGGAAAGACUCCGACAGGUUGGGCAGAGUCAAGAGAGCAGCUCAGACAGACCGGCCCUGCUGGAGCUGGAGAGAUUUGAGAAGUUGGCCCUCCAGAGGAAAGCAGUAGAGCUGGAGGAUGAGCUAAAGGUUCUGGGAGACCUGAAAGCAGACAACCAGAGGCUCAAGGAUGAGAACGCCGCCCUCAUUAGAGUCAUCAGCAAACUCUCAAGAUGAACCUUAACAAAAAAAAAAAAAAACAACCUCCGUGGAGCAAAAAGUAUUACAGGAUUCGUCUUUAGUCCAACUCAGAAGACGCAAACCAGGAACAGAGACAGAGUCUGAUUCAAGACUAACAGCACAUUCAACAGUAACUGGAACAAUGUAUAGAUUUCAGGGUUAUUAGCCUGUGUUUGGGCCUUUAUGUUUUGGCAGAUCUACUGUAUAACAAGCUGAACUGCACCUCCUGUGGAUCGACAGGACGAUCCUGUUCACAUCCACUUUUAUAUUAAGUUUUUAUUGUUGUAUUUUUUAACUGGAAUAUUUUAUGUGCUUUGCUCCUAUACUUUGUAUAAAAUCUGUAUUGAGAGACUUAAAGCCAUGCACAGUGGGAGCUCAUGAUAAUGUUUUAGAUUGCUUUCUUGGUUACCAGAAAUAUACAAAAAAAAAAAAAAAUGACUUAAAUGUGCCAAAAACCAGCCCCAGUCUUGCAUGUCCUCUGGGGAAAACUCCAAGUGGUCAGUGUUGUUUCUCAGGAUGAGUCUGGGUCGAUGCUUUCUAUUUUAGUUGACUGCUGUAAAGGUGGACCAAAUUUGCAUGCCCAUCUCUCCGCACUCCUCUGAAUGUGUAUUUAAUAUACUGUAUAUAUUCAUGUACAGGGGCCAUCUGUCCUGACUCAGUGACGUGUGAUGGUGCGUGGAAGUCAGGUGCAGCUCAUGUUCAGAGGGACUGCUACAGAAAAUAUUUGUUACAAAAGUCAGAUCUUUCAAGGGGUUGUGGAAAAACGCAUGUUCUAUCCUUAGUACUGUAAGUGAGUAGUCAUUUCACUUUGCCAUUUUGACUGGACGCUUCUGAAAGCAACGACUCCCAAGCUAAGUAUUCACCCUGUGACGGACGGCUGUUAUUGUUCAACAGACAGGCCAGAUGGGUCAACUUCUGAAUGUUUACUCCAGUUUAAAGAAAAAACUUGCAUGUCAUAUAGUAUUUUUAUGCUGUGCCUUUCCAUAUACAUUUGUAAGUAAUAUUUCUAUUUUGCUUUGGCAAAUAUACACUGUUCAGUAUAAAAUACAGUAUGGGCAUAAAUGA